UCCCGGCCGGUCCCUCAGGUUCCCGCCCGCCUGCCGUUCACCAUGGGCAAGACUUACUUCUGCGAUUAUUGCGGCAGGUCCUUUCAAGAUAACCUUCACAACAGAAAGAAACAUUUGCAGGGAGUUCAGCAUCAGAGGGCAAAGAAAUUUUGGUUCGAUUCAUUUCGAGAUAGUGCCACAAUCUUGGCAGAAGAACUUGCCAAAAAGCCUUGCAGAAAGUUUCUACAAUCAGGACAGUGUGAUUUUGGUGCUAAUUGCAAAUUUUCCCAUAUGACGGAUGAAGAUAUUCAGAAGUUGAGACAAAAGGUGGAAGAUGAAAAUAAAGUUGAACAAGAUGACAGGCCAGCUCCUAGCAUUGAUGAAUGGUUGGCAAAGAGAGCCAAAAGAAAAGAAAACAAUUCACACACAAGUGAUUUGGAAGUGGAAAAAGAGGAUGAUGUGCCUGUUGUAUAUUGGCUACCUCCAGGAUAUCAUGCAGUCCAUGAGUUACCACCUUCUCUACAUCCACCACCUCCUGGAGGUUGGAAGACUGCACCGAGUGUUGAAUGGGGUUAACACCCAAGGACAGUUUAUUUUUCUGUGAAUUAAUUUUUUAAAAAAAGCAUGAUUGGUGAUUUACUUGGAUGUUAUAUAAGUGAUGAAUAUUAAUUUAACUGAUACACUUUGAAGUUUAUAAGAAUUCCAAAGAAAUUUUAUUUGCACAUGCAAAUGACACUUGGCAUAGCAACUGAGUUUUGAAAAAAAGUUUGCGCUUUUUGCAUCAUUAUAAUGCAAUUACUAACCAAACACUGUAAAGAAGCAAUUAAAAGCGAAGUACAAAACAACUAAUUUUUGGAGUAGAUAUAAUGGAAAGGCAAAUAUGCAAUCAUCAGUUGAGAAUGUCUGAUAGUAUUGAUUGUCUUCUGCAAAGCUAGUGGUUGUAGUUAAAGAUUUUUUAAACAGUAAAUCAUUGAACAGUUUGUGAUUUUCUUCAGAGUUCUCCAUUUAGAUGUGACUUGGAAAGUACUUAAAGUAUGUCUGCCUAGGCCAUAGAAAUAUAAACUUCAUACUCUACAA